GGCCUGCGGAGUCCCGACCGGCUUUGAUUGGGUGGGCAUUGGCGUGAGGAGCGAAGCUUCUCCAGCGGGAAGAAAUGUCAACGAUUUCCGGAACAGUGAGUGUUUUUACGGUAUCAAGGUCCAAUAAUAUAAGCAAAUUUCAGAUUUCAGCCAAAAGAUUGAUCAAUUUUCGGGAGGAGUUCGAUUGCAGAGCGUCGGUGUCUCGGCAUAGGGCUGCGAGCCUGUGGGUAAGCAGGCGGAGUACUAUGGAGAGCUCUCGUGGAAUCGCUGCGAGCACGAAGGACGAUGGCAUUCAUUCGUUUGAGCAGGAAGCGUUAGUGGAAGAGACUCUAGGUUUUGGAGGAGGUGGUGGUGUCGAGGCUACUAUGAAUAAUUUGAGCAAAUGGAUCACGCUAGUAUUUUUUGCUGCACUGAUACUCUGGAAGCACGAUGCAGAGUCUUUAUGGACUACCAUGGGUGCUGUUCUCAAUACUGGACUCUCAGUUAUACUUAAAAUUAUACUAAACCAAGAAAGGCCGAUUCCUACAUCAAGACCAGACCCGGGAAUGCCUUCUUCUCACGCACAGUCCAUCUUCUAUAUGACCACAUAUUUCAAUCUAUUGUUGGUAGCGUCGUUUGGGAUGAAUGCAGUUACUGGAAUUCUCAGCACAAUCUUUUUCAUAGUUGGAUCUUAUUUUAUCACAUGUUAUGGCAAAGCCCGGGAGAGUGGGGAUCUGCUACAGAAAAUCGGGGAUUUCAUAAGUGAUUAUAUAUCAAACCUGCCCAAAUAUUAUGCUGUCCUGACAUAUUUCGUUGCUCAUGUUUGCAGUCAUGGCUAAGGGUCGCCCUACAAUAUCAUACAAUUAGCCAGGUCGUUGUUGGCGCCGUUAUUGGACUAAUUUUCUCCGUUCUGUGGUUUUGGGGGUGGAAUAAUUUUGUAUCUCAUUAUUUUGCAUCAUUCUUGUGGCUUAGAAUUGUGGUUGUUAUAGGUUCGAUUGCAUUCUGUUUGGCCUUUCUUCUUCAUGUUUAUCAAACCUGGAUUUGGGAGGAAA